AUGAAGAGGUACAGAAACCCCAGUCAGAACUGGGCAGGGACUGUUACAACAACCAAACGGAUAGGCAUUCCAGCUCCACGGGAACUUGCAGUAACUAACUCAAAAGAGAGGUCUGUGCCAUACGGACCCUCCAAUCCCAGGAAAUCAGUGUCCAGUCCAACUUCUUCCAGGACCGUCCCCCCUGUCAAGCCCCCAAGGAGCACUUUCACAAAACCCAAGCAAGAGAAUGAAGGUGCGGAGAAGGCUGUGCUUGAGUCCCAAGUUCGGGAACUUUUGGCAGAUGCCAAAGCAAAAGACAAUGAAAUUACCAAGCUUCAAAGUGAACUAAGGAAAUGCAAAGAGGAAAGGGAUCUGAGCACUGAAGGGAGUGAUGCUUCAGACCCAAAUGUAGAUGGAACAUCUGUGUCCCCAGGCCACACAGAACCUUUGAUCAGAGCUCUUGAGGAGAAGAACAAAAACUUUCAGAAAGAGCUUGCUGAUAUAGUGGAGGAAAACCGGGCCUUGAAGGAGAGACUGACUUAUCUUGAGCAGUCACCAAAUUCAGAAGAGGCAGCUAGUCACACCUGUGACAGCAGCUGCCCGAUAUCCUUAAUUCAAGAGUCAAGCUUCGGAGGCCAAACUGGAACUCAAUUGUCAAGUGAAAGCGAUGAGUAUAAAAAACAUGUACAUGAAAAUGCAUUACAGACAUCGGAUUCUUCAAGUAGUGCUGUUACCAAAGCUUCUUUGUCACGAGAUGCCUCUGAUUUUGAGCACAUUACAGUAGAGACACCCUCUAGGCCCCUGUCUUCCACUAGCAACCCCUUUAAGAGCUCCAGGUGUUCUACCACUGGGAGUUCCCCUAACAACAUGAGCGAAUUGUCCUUGGCUUCCCUCACAGAGAAGAUACAAAAGAUGGAAGAAAAUCACCACAGCACCGCAGAAGAACUACAGGCUACUCUGCAAGAGUUAUCAGAUCAGCAGCAAAUGGUGCAGGAACUGACAGCUGAGAAUGAGAAACUGGUGGAUGAGAAGACGAUUUUAGAGACAUCCUUUCAUCAGCAUCGAGAGAGGGCAGAGCAGCUAAGUCAGGAAAACGAGAAGCUGAUAAAUCUUUUGCAAGAACGAGUAAAGAAUGAAGAGCCCAACAUUCAAGAAGGAAAAAUCCUUGAACUAGAGCAGAAGUGCACAGAUAUUCUUGAACAGGGCCGCUGUGAAAGAGAGCAGCUGCUCAGCAUUCAGCAGCAGCUGACCUGUGGCUUGCAGAAGAUCGAGGAAGCAAACCAAGGAGCUUUAGAAAUGAUUAAACACCUGAAAGAAGAAAAUGAAAAACUGAACGCGUUUCUGGAACUGGAACAGCGUAAUAACAGUGUGAUGGCCAAGACUCUGGAAGAAUGUAGCAUUACCUUGGAAGGGUUGAGGAUGGAGAAUGUGUCUUUGAAGGCUCAUUUGGAGGGUCAGAAGCCAAAAGCCAUGGAGACCAGUACCAUGGGGCAGAUGGCAGAGAGGUGUGAAGUUCAAGAGAUGCUGAAAGUAGCUCGAGCUGAGAAAGAGGAACUGGAACUUUCUUGCACCGAGCUCGGACAAGAAUUACUAAAGGCGAAUGGUGAAAUUAAACAUGUCUCCAGCCUGCUGGCCAAGGUAAGAAGAGAGAUGUCUCUACCGAGCAAUUCUGACUUUGAAAACCUGUUAGAUGCUACACAGAUUGGCAUUGGGGAUACAAAAGUGAAGCACCCGAAUUUCUGA